AUGACCAAGCCUAUCGAAGUAUGGAUGACCGGUAAGUUGUACGCAAUUACUUCACUCGGUGAAAGAAGCUGACAUGCUCUUAGCACCAGGUCCAAACUCCUGGAAGGCAAGCACAAAUACACCAAGUAUGACGUGCAUGGCUAAUUUCUUCACCACGUGCAGGUGCUUAUGGUUCUCGAGGGACUUAGUAUUCCCUAUGGGAUCAAGACUGUUCGCUUUGAGGAUACCAAAAAGUAACCAUUUAUUGACCUCAAUCCCAACGGUAGAGCACCAGGCAUGGCUCUAAUAAGAGACCCUGUUGAUUCGCAUUCGUAAUUUAACAUAUAUCGCGAUAUCAUAGCGAUCAAGGAUCCAAACACCAAUCUUACCCUCUGGGAAUCUGGUGCCAUGGUGCUCUACCUAGUCGAGCAUUACGACAAGGAGAAGAAAUUGACCUAUGAGUCCUUGCAAGAAAGAGCUAUCCUUACAUAUGGCUCAUGUUUCGGACAGUGCGUUUGGUAAGCUACAAUUUUCCCAUCUAGGCCGCAUGCAAUAAUAUAAUAUAACAUAACAUAGCCAUUAAACCGACCAUAUAAAAAUCACAGGUUCAAUGCCCUCCACUCCGAAAAGGUAGCUUCCGCCAUCAAGCGCUACUAUAGCGAACUCGGACGCAUUCUCGCAGUUCUCGACAGCGCUCUUACCGGUAAAGAAUAGCUCGUGGCUGAUAAAUAUGCAUUCGCUGAUAUUGUGUUCGCUCCGUGGAAUGAUCGCAUUGACACCCUAUCUGGCUACCCCCCAGGUGGAUGCAUGGCAUAGCCGUGAAACAUCUAGAAGGACUUGGAAAAAGUGUAUGAAGAUUAGAGGUAGGUUGAUAGAUGAAAUGGGCUUGAUGUCGAAUAGAAUGCCAAAGGGUGUUAGUAAUAUGGAGGAAUACCAAGUUAAGAUCAAGGAAGAUGAAGAGAAUACCGCGAAAGCCUG